CAACUCGUCAACAAAGUCGUGGUCAGAUCAUUAAUUACAACAAUCAACAACCAUGGACUAUAGCAACAAUUACUCAACGUCCUAUGGGGCAAAUGGCGCUGCCGAUGGUGGCGGAUUCAUGCCAGGUGAACCUCAAAGCAGUCCAGCCCAGGGAAAGGGUAACUACGGCAAAGACACCGUCCGACCCUUGACCAUCAAACAAGUCCUCGAUGCCCAACAACCUUAUGCCGAAGCAGACUUCAAAGUGGAUGGCGAACCGAUCAGUCAGAUUACCUUUGUCGGACAAAUAAGAAGCAUCACCAAACAACCGACCAACAUCACAUACAAAGUCGACGAUGGCACGGGUCUCAUUGAGGUCAAACAAUGGGUUGAAGGAGAUUUCAGUGAAGACUCGAUGGAUGUCGAAUCAAGCAAGCCCAAGCUGGUCGAAGAAGGAUAUUGCCGUGUCUGGGGCAGGUUAAAAGCAUUUAACAACAAGCGCCACGUGGGAGCUCAUAACAUCAGACCAAUUACCGACUACAACGAAAUCAACUAUCAUCUUCUCGAAGCAACCGCCGCCCACCUCUUCUUCACCAGAGGACCCCCUUCAGAUGCUCAGACCAACGGCCAGAAAUCUAUGGGCACCAACGGAGUUAAUGGCGGCGCACAAAAUACUUAUACAAGUGCAGCUGACAGUCAAAUCGCGGGAUGUUCACCUCUAGCCAAACGUGUGUUUGCCGCAUUGAAAAACACACCACAGAGCAAUGAAGGCCUACAUGUCCAGAUGAUCGCCUCCACCAUGGGAUUGCCCACGUCGGAAGUCUGGAAAGGUGCGGAAGAGUUGUUAGGCGUUGGUGUGAUUUUUACGACUGUGGAUGACAAUACGUGGGCAAUCUUGGACUCGUGAGGUAUUGAGCGCUGAGGGUUUGUGGUAUUAUAGUACAUGAUUCAAUGGAGUCAACCAAACAGGAUGUAAAACUACGAUGUUACGAGAUACCUAAGGUUUCGACUGACCAAUUCAAUGCAUGAGAAUUCGCC